GUCUCCCACAAUCCUCUAACCCCCUUACCCAUCAAUUAACUGUCAUUUUCUCAAAUAUACUUCACACAAAAGAAACAACCAUUCACUUCAUAUACAUUGUCACCUCUCUCUCUCUCUCUCUCUCUCUCUCUCAAUCACAAAUCUCCACACCUCCUUUCAUUUGAUCAUCUCUCCCUCUCUGUGUAAGAAAAACCCCAAUUUCUAUCACCUUCUUCUGCAGUUUAAUAUCAACAAGAAGAAGAAAACCUAGAGAGAGGGGGAAGAGUUGUAGUUAUAUAUAUAUAUAUAGAGAGAGAUAUAUUGUGAAGAAUUGAAGGAUAGAUGGAGUUAUUUCCAGCACAACCAGACUUGUCUCUGCGUAUCAGCCCACCAAACGCUAAACCCUCGUCUUCGCCAUGGACGACUUCUAAAGCUCAAGAACAUCAUCAUCAUGGUGACGUGAUGGACUUGAGCUUCUGGAAGAGAGCGCUGGAGACCAGAAACUCAAUGGCCAAAACUGAGUCUGCUAUAAACGCAGCUUCUUCUUCUUCUUCUUCUUUCGAGCUUUCGCUAUCGAAUCCAUGGUCUAAUACUAAUCGAUCUUCUGAACAUAACGGAAAUAUUAACGGCGGCAACAAUUUCGCCCAGUUCCAGUUUCACCAGCAGCAAGUUGGGCUGGGCUCGGAGCUUGGGUUCUUGAGGCCCAUUAGAGGGAUCCCGGUGUACUGUCAAAACCCACCGUCUUCUCCGUCUUCUUCUUCUUCCCAGUCCCACCACCAUCACCGUCAUCAUCAAGCUCUAAUGCGGUCGAGGUUUCUGCCGGCGGCCAGGUUUCCGGCGAGGCGCAGCAUGAGAGCGCCGCGGAUGCGGUGGACUACCACUCUCCACGCCCGCUUCGUUAACGCCGUCGAGCUCCUCGGCGGUCACGAAAGAGCAACACCCAAGUCGGUUCUUGAGCUCAUGGAUGUCAAAGAUCUCACCUUGGCGCAUGUGAAAUCUCAUUUACAGAUGUAUCGGACUGUGAAGACUACUGAUAAGGCAGCAGUCGCAGCUUCUUCAGGCCAAUCGGAGAUAUUUGACAACGGGUCUUCCGGAGACACUUCCGAGGAUGUCCAAACCUCAAGAAAGUCGGAGUUAUCUGUUCAGAAAGGAACACAAAAUAUGCAUAACCAAGACAAAGAUUACCAUGGCCUUUGGUGCAACUUUUCUUCGAGCAGGGAAAGUUGGUUGCAUGGCAACCCAAGUGACUGUAGAGGGAGCACACCAUUUCCUACUGAGAAAGACAAGGAUCCAAGGUUGUUUGGUUAUGAAAGAAUGUCUGCAGAGAUGAACUCAUCAAACAUUACAACUACAAUGGAGACAAGAUCAAACAAGCCUAAUCUUGAGUUCACUCUGGGAAGGCCUUCUGGGCAGUAAUGAAUUGAAGGGGGGAAGAAAUAUUAUUUUAAAAAAGGGAAGAAAAGAGGUAUGUAGAAGAAAUGAUUUUGAUAUCAUUGUAGUCUCUGACUGGGGAGCUGGUGAAAAGAGAAUCAGGUACCCACUGAGACUUUCAGAGCAGAGAAGAAAAGAAAGUGAGAAAAAAAAAAAAAAAAAAAAAGGAAAAGAAAAAGGUAGAGAAAAGAGAGGUAAAGAAAGAGAAGUAGGCACAAAACACAGAAAGCAACAAAGGGGAAAAGGUGGAAACAUGGAAUACUCAUAGCUUCGUUCCCGAGGUAUUCUAUGGCUACGCUCUCUCUCUCUCAUCUGGUCCUAAGUCCUAACAACAGGAGAACACGACAUCUUAGUCUCCUUUGAUAGCGGCUAACGUUAGGCCGGUAUAGAUAUAUAAUAGUUGCAUUCAAUUAGUUCACUCACCACCAGUCUUGUGCUCUCUCUCUCUCUCGCCUUUAAAUCAAUAUAAUCAAGGAUAUAUUAUAUUGUUUUACCGAAUAUAUACUCCUUUAAUUUCACCCAUUCUAUGUGUAGCAUAUCGGACCCAUUGGUUGAA